CGCGUUAAUUGAUGCAUUGAUGAAGCACAGCUGUAAUCCAAUCACUGCUCACUUCUCUCACGCUAUCUCAAUGUGACAUGUUGUCCCUACUCUUCCUCUUCCCCUCUCUAAACUUAAGCUUCUCUCUUGCUUCGUUUACCUCCCACUCCUGUGUUCUCCAUGGCAGCUCCAGCUCCUGCUCUAUAUCUCUUCUUCUUCAUCAUCUUUCUCGCUCUCAGUUCAAUUACCCAUGCCCAAGUCGAAGAAACAGGCUUGAAGAUAACGGUGGACGCUCUAGAAUGGCCAAUGGCGAUGUCCAUGUACAGUAAUUUGGAGGAGAAAGGUGAGUUUGGUGAUGGGUUUAUAGAUUUAGAUGGUGAGGAGGAUGGUGAUGAGAAGAUGGGUGAGCGCAGAUCUUUGUUUUGGAGAAGAGUACGUUACUAUAUCUCAUAUGGAGCUCUAGCAGCUAAUAGGAUUCCUUGCCCUCCACGUUCUGGGAGAUCAUACUACACCCACAAUUGUUUUAAGGCUAGAACCCCUGUUAACCCCUACACUAGAGGAUGUUCCAGGAUUACUCGUUGCAGGAGAUGAGUCUGCACUUUUUAUACUCUGUUGAUUGCAUGUGUCAGUCUUGGUUAUUAGUGGGGUUGGUAUGUGUUUGUGAGUGGAUUUGUUCAAGAACAUAAUUGGUUCAUGGGUUUUUAAUGAGGAUUUGUAAUGCUAUUUUCAUGUAUGGAUUGAUGAAGGAUGAACAAUGUGAUUGUAGUAUAAUUAUUGUUUGUUCUGUAAUUUAAAGCUGGUUCUUGAUAAUUCAUACGCCAUUUUUAAUUCA